CAUCCACGACAAUCACUUUGCCCUCUGCUCUCCUCCCACCAUCCCGUAUCUUAAUACUCAGCAGUAGAUAGUGUGCCCCUUGUGCUCCACCCAACCAACUUGCACAGAUAGCAGACUUGCAAGUCAUGAGUCUCCUCAACGAUCUCGGGACCUGUCCCGCUCCCACCUCGAUCUUAACCCCAUCCUUCCCUGGUUGCCUUACUGCUCAGCCCUCCGGGCAACCUUCGCCAGUCAGUCUCGCCAUCAACCUCACCGCCUCGGUCCUCGAUGCUCGCUGGCAGACGCCAUAUGGCAAGCCUACGAAUCCGUUCGCUUCGGCUGUCCCAGAACAUGUCAUCGUCGCCCUCCCUUACAUUGGCAUCGCCGCCUUUGUCCUUACCAUCGCAUACUUUACGCUAGCUGUCACCUACUUCUCACCCUUUCAACGUCUUCAGAGGCCACCGAUGAAAGGCUUCUGGUCGCUCUUCAUGGGUCAUCUGGCUGAGAUGCAACAGUACGAGCCUGGUCAUAUCCAGAUGGAUUGGACCAACGAGUACGGCGGUGCCGUCGUCUACCGCGGCCUGCUCGGGACACCUCGAAUCCUCCUCUCAGACCCUUUGGCCCUCUCCUACGUCUUGACCAACGCCUACAACUUCCCCAAGCCAGCGGGUGCCCGGGCUGCCUUGUCGACUUUGCUCGGCGACGGUGUUCUCACUACCGAGGGACAUCAACACAAGGUACAGCGCAAGCUCGUCAAUCCCACUUUCAGUCAGAACUCCGUUCGUGCUUUCGCCCCAUUGUUCCACCGCCAUGCUCGUGCCCUCAGCGUAGUUCUCAAUCACCUUAUCAAGGCUGGGGAUCAUAGCGAGCUGGCACCCGCAAUGGGCGAAAGACGAGCUAGGAUGGCUCAGCGUGGCGUCGGCCCCGUCGUUGACAUUCUCCACUGGACUUCUCGCACCACCCUAGAUGUCAUCGGUGACGCUGCCUUCUCGUAUGACCUGCAGUCUCUCAAGGCCGGAGAGCAUGGCGGUGGUACUGCCAUUGCUGAAUCAUUCCAAGCGAUGAUGACUCGGGUGGGUCAGCUCACCAUGACCGAACGUGCUAUGCUUCACUUCGAGCAAUUUCGCAUCUUCGAUGGCUGGCGCCCUUUGCCCACUUCCUUCAACAAGGCCGCACAGCAGACUCAGAAGACUGUAGAGCAAGUUGCCGGAGUCAUGAUCGAUGACGAGAAGAGAGCUCAGGUUGUCGACGACUCUGAUCUGCUCCAGAAGCUCCUGGCACUCAACGAAGAUCCCAAAGUGGCUCCCGCUAACAAGCUCUCACGCAAUGAAGUGCUCGGACAACUCACUACGCUGAUCCUCGCCGGCCACGAAACGACUAGUACUGCUCUCACCUGGGCCCUCUGGACCUUGGCCCAUCACCCAGAGAAGCAGACUGCCCUUCGCAAGGAGAUUCGUGAGCACUGGGUCGAUGGUGAGGAAGACUUUAGCUUCGAAGAAGUCCACAACCUCGACCUUCUGGAUCGAGUCACGAGUGAAGUCCUCCGCUUACAUCCACCCGUCCACUCUACCAAUCGGGAGUCGGGACGAAAGGAUGUCAUUCCCUUGUCCAAGCCUGUCCGUCGAAUCGAUGGAACUUACGUGAACCGCAUCGCCGUCCCUAAAGGCCAGCCCAUCAUCAUCUCCAUCGUAACCUACAACCGCCGCAAGGACAUCUGGGGGGAAGACGCCGAAGAGUUCAACCCCGAUCGAUGGCUCGACUUGCCGGACACGGUCAAGAACAAUGGCAUCCCCGGCGGUCACCUCUCCUUCAUUUCGGGUCCUAGGAACUGCGUUGGAUCCAAAUUCGCCCUGACCGAGUUCAAGAUUAUCAUCAGUCACCUCUUGAGGCAGUUUGAAUUUGCGCCCUUGCCCCCUGAUUUGGCCACGAUUAGCUCGAAGCAAGUCGUGGUUACGCGACCGCGUGUCAAGGGGCUUGAGGAGAGCGGGACACAGAUGCCCCUGCGCAUCAGUCGAGUCGAGGACUGAGCAGGUGAGCUCUAAGCGAAUGCUCAGCCAUGUAGAGGAGUUCCCUGGAACGACUCGUUCUUGGCGAGCGAGCAGCACUUCCCACCGCUCCUGCACCGUCCGCUUCCCUCUCUGGAAGCCAGCUCUGGCUUUACAUCCCCCAUCACAGUCCCACACAUUCCCCCUGGCGUAGGGUUGUCCGUCCAUCCGGACUGAAAGAUCAUGUAUAUCCAAUGUUUUCCAUCACGUCACGUCACCGCGCUCGGAAAUCGUA